UAGGGCAAGCCAUUUCAUGGUUCCAUCGAUCGAUUGAGAGAGAGAGAGAGACAGAGAGAGAGGGAGAGGGAAGGAUGCCAAUCGCCCGGCCGGAGCCGCAGAACGCGCGCGUGAUCGCCCACGUCGACAUGGAUUGCUUCUACGUCCAAGUGGAACAACGCAAGAAUCCAGAUUUGAGGGGUUUGCCAACUGCUGUGGUACAAUAUAACUCAUGGAAAGGUGGGGGCCUGAUUGCAGUUGGUUAUGAAGCUCGAAAAUUUGGUGUGAAACGUUCUAUGCGAGGAGAUGAGGCCAAAAGAAUUUGUCCAAAUAUUCAAUUAAUUCAAGUUCCUGUUGCCCGUGGUAAAGCUGAUUUAAAUUUAUACCGAAAUGCUGGCUCUGAGGUUGUUUCCAUACUUGCAACUAAAGGACGAUGUGAGCGAGCAUCAAUUGAUGAAGUUUAUCUUGACCUCACCGAUGCUGCUGAGAUGAUGCUCUCAGAAACUCCACCUGAGGUGCUAGAAGAAAUUGAUGAAGAGGUUCUGAAGUCACAUGUUUUAGGUCUUCAUGUUGAAGGUAAUGAAAGAGAAGAGAAUGUCAGAGAAUGGCUCCGUCGAAGUGAUGCUGAUCAUCAGGACAAGUUAUUAGCUUGUGGAGCUAUUAUUGUGGCACAACUUCGUAUGAAAGCUCUAUAUGAAACAAAAUUCACUUGUUCUGCGGGCAUUGCUCAUAACAAGAUGUUAGCCAAACUCGCAAGUGCUAUGCAUAAGCCUGCGCAACAAACUGUUGUUCCAUCCUCAUCAGUUAAAGAUCUGCUAGCAUCGUUGCCCGUGAAGAAAAUGAAACAACUUGGCGGGAAGCUUGGAAGCUCCCUACAAACUGAUCUUGGAGUGAAUAAUGUUGGUGAUUUGCUACAAUUCAGUCAAGAGAAGUUGCAAGAACAUUAUGGUGUUAAUACAGGCACAUGGUUGUGGAAUAUUUCAAGAGGUAUUAGUGGGGAUGCAGUUGUGGACCGUCUUCUACCAAAAAGCCAUGGUUGUGGAAAGACAUUUCCGGGACCACAAGCAUUGAAAACCAUUGCCUCUGUUGAAAACUGGGUCAAUCAAUUGUGUGAUGAACUAAGCGAACGUAUUCAGUCUGACUUGGAUCAGAACAGGCGCAUUGCACAUACGCUGACAUUACAUGCUAGGGCAUUCAAGGAAAAUGAUAUGGAACCCCAAAGGAAAUUUCCAUCAAAAUCCUGUCCCUUACGCUAUGGAACUACAAAAAUCCAAGAAGAUGCAGUGAAAUUAUUUGAUUCUGGUCUUCGUGAUUUUUUGGGUUCCCAACACGUUGGUUGGGGAAUAACAUCUCUUUCCAUUGCAGCAAGUAAAAUAUCAGAUUUACCACAAGGAACAUGUUCAAUUCUGAAAUUUCUCCAAGGCAAAAUUCCUUCUUCCACUUCAUUAAGUGAUGCUGGUGAAUUUCACAAAGAAAGUCUUCCCUUGUCUUCUACAGAUGAUGUACAAAGCAAAGGUUGUACAGUGAUGGAUGAAGAAGUUAAACAUAAGGAACUUGCUUCUGAAGCAGCUAGCAAUGAUAUUGACACAAUAUUUCAAGCCAAACCUCUAAAGAGAAUAGGCUCAUCGGUUGGAAAGACAAAAGAUGUGCGGAAAUCUUCUAUCUUAAAGUUCUUUCAAAGCAGUAAUUCUUCUUUUCAUACCAUGAAUAAAGCUUGUGAAAGAUCUUCUCUGGAUCAGGCAUCCUCGUCAUCAUUUCCUGAAUGUGAGGAACAUUCAGAUCUUGAACAAAUAGAUGAACAAGUAGGAUUUUCAGAGGAUCGCAUUGACAGUGAUGGUCAUCACAACCAGACUCGGAAUGGAUAUACAUGGGGAAUCAACAUGGAAAAUAUCGAUCCAUCUGUUCUAGAUGAGUUACCUAUGGAAAUACAAAGAGAAAUCCGAGAAUGGUUUCAUCCACCUAAACGUGCAAAUACAUCUAGAAAAGGUUCCAGUAUCGUUCACUAUUUCUCACCGGUAAAGAAGGGAUAAGGAGGCUUGUUGCUUUAGACAAAUCAGAACUGGGAAGCAGGAAAAUGACAUCCUUUUAAAACACCAGAUGUAACCUUCCGAUUCAGUUGGACAUAAAAUCAACUGCCAAAUAGCUAUUCACCAACUGGGUUCAAGAAAGAUACAUCAAAUACUGCAGCAUCACAGCAGCUAUCAAGUUCUCUUUUUGUGGACUCAGUAACCGUGAGAAUCCAAAGAUCAAUUCCUUGCAUAUGAAAGCAUCAUUGACUGGCAUCACAACUUAGAUUAGUAUUUCAUAGAUUAAGCUAAUGCUUGAGCGAGUCAUGUUUAUGCUUGGAAAUUGAACUGAACAGUUCCAGGUCAGCUACCAGCCUUGUGGCCUCUGUGUAUUCAUCAUGUUUGAGUCUAUGUUUGUAGUGUGUAAUUUUUUUCUUUUGUACAAAUUCUUUUGAGUUCUGAUGCUAUUGGUAUGGUUCUUUUGUUUUUAGUGACUCCCUAUAAUGGAAAUUGUUCUUUGAUGUGUCUGGAA